AGUGUGAAGCCUCAGAGGGAUCCAGACUGCUGCAACAGGAGUAUUAACAGCAUUUGUAUUCAGAGGGAAACAAUUUCCACUUAUUGUAGUACUUAGAUGUGGAAGAACUGUUUUUUAUUGUUGUUUUACUUGUAAUAACAGAGAGUACUUGUACUUACUUGUGUGGUAUUGCGUAUAUAUUGGUAGCUUUUGAACUUAUUGUUAUAUUACUUUGUCAGAGUGAUAUUUCUACAUGUAGUUUUAAAAGUAUUUGUAGUUUUAAGAUAGAUCUUUGUGCAUUGAUUGUUAGAUACUUCAGUGGACAUAAUAGCACUUAAUGAAUGAACUGAUGAAAAAUAUAGACUGCUGAUGUAAAUCAAAAAUACGAGCCGAGUAGAGUCCACUACAAUGCAGGACUAUGAGGAGUCAGUGUCGUUCCUGGGGACGUGGGGCCCGUUUCAGAAGAGAACCUUCUUCCUGCUCUGUCUCACCACCAUCCCAAGUGGAUACAACCUUCUGGCCGUCAUCUUCCUGCUGGCAACGCCCCCCCACCAAUGCUACAUCCCCGACAGUAGCAACCUAAGCCAGGACUGGAUCCAGACCAGCAUCCCAGUACAGCAGGUGGCUGGGCGGGUUGAGAGGAGCAGUUGUAGCCGGUAUGAGCUGAACCUGGUGCAGAACCUGUCUGCUCUGGGAACCAGUCCCAGCCUGGACCUAAUCCACAACCUGUCAGGGCCAGAGUUUCUUCUCUCGAGCCUGAAGCAGGAGGGCUGUAAAGAUGGAUGGACCUACAGUACUGAGCACUACCAGUCUACUGUAGUCACUGAGUUUAACCUGGUGUGCAGGGACCAGUGGAAACAGCCUCUGACCUCUGUUGUGUACUUCAUGGGAGGACUGUUCGGAUGCUUCAUCUCUGGACAGAUCUCUGACCGAUUUGGCAGGAAGCCUGUUCUGUUCGGUGCCAUCACCGCGCUUAGCAUCUUCAGCAGUGCUGUGGCCUUUGCUCCGUCCUGGCCCGUCUUCACCAUGCUCUUCUUUUUGCUGGGCCUUGGUCAGAUCACCAGCUACAUAGCUGCGUUUGUUCUGGGUUCAGAGAUCCUGAUCGGUUCGACUAGAGUUCUCUUCUCAAACCUGUGUUUGCCUUGGGUCUACGUGUUCGGUAUGAUGGUGCUGCCUGUCACCGCUUACCUGGUUAGGAGCUGGAGACACCUGUCACUGACCAUGGCUGUGCCCGGCCUGGCCUGUAUCCCCCUCUGGUGGUUGAUCUCAGAGUCUCCUCGCUGGUUGGUGUCUCGUGGCCGUUUUCAGGAAGCAGAACUCCUGCUGAGGUCCGCAGCUCUGGAGAACCGAGUGGAAGCUCCUCAUGUCAUCUUCCUCUCAGCCAACGUUGAAAAAGCAACAAGUGAGAAGGCAGAGUCCCCCAAUUUUCUGGACCUGUUGAGGACUGCAAACAUUCGACAGAUUACCUUUAUUCUCUGGCUCAUCUGGUUUUCUUUGAGCGUAAGCUACUUUGGACUAUCAUUCAAUAUGUCUGGUCUCUAUGGCAACCCUUUCCUGAACUACUUCCUGGUGACGGCUGUUGAGCUCCCAGCAUACGCUGCCAGUUGGCUGGCGGCACGCAGUCUUCCUCGCCGCCUGUCGUACAUCAGCUUCACCCUGCUGGGGGCGCUAGCUCUGCUCCUCAUCCAAAUCACUCUGUACAGGUAUCCAACUCUCACCCUGACUCUGGUGCUGCUCGGUAAAUUUGGCCUUCUGGCUGGUGCUGGGGUGUUAUACAUGUUCACUGGUGAGCUGUCUCCCACAGUCAUCAGGAACACAGCAAUGUCCUCUUGUGCCAUGUUCUCCAGAGUGGGGUCCUCUGUUUCCCCGCACCUGCUGCAGCUGGCUGUGUUCAAUGAGUUCCUGCCAUGGAUCGUCGUGGGUUCCCUCUCUGUGCUCAGUGUUCUGGUCUGCGUCUUCCUGCCAGAGACCUUCCAACAGCCGCUGCCUGACACCAUCCAGCAGAUGGCGCUAACACAGCGGUUCAGGUGGCCAUGGACCCCAAUGCCUCUUCCAGAGGAUGAUGGGAAAUCAGCUAAAGACCAGACUACUGCUCCUGAGAUCGUCUGCACAACUCACCUAUAAGACUCACA